AUGUCUGAGAAAACGGCCGUCGCGCAGGUGGUUGGAAGGAGGUGGCACGGGGUUGAAUCUUGCAUGCAGUCCUGCAGACUGUCCCGGGCAAAAAUGUGGGUAUGGAUCGACUCUGCAGUACCUGUGGGCAAAGUACCGGCCAGGGGUCAAAGAGGGGGCAACGGGUUUCUGGCGGGGACGUCAGAACUGUGGUCUGCGAUGCUCCUUAGAACAGGCGUUUCUAGCCACUCGUUCCGACAUUUGAGGAGAACGCCUUAUGACAGGCGGACGGAGCUGCAGAGGGCCAGGAGGCAGACCUCUCUAGCGACCAAAGUCCCAGAGGCCCGUCCUAUUGGAGGCCCUGAGGUGGUGCUAGGGAAUCACUCCAGCUGGUGGGCUCAGGGCUGGGAAGGCAGAGGACUCGAGGCUCCACAUGGAACAAUCGAGAUUCGCAGAUCUGGGAUGGGCGCACCUCUGGAAGCCAGUGACGAGCGGGAACAAGGAAAGCUUACUGGCAGAUAA